CCAGUUGCUGUUCUUUUACGUUUUCUAACUAAGUUUGCUAUCGCUUCUUUUUUGUAUCUAUCAGAGCAUAGAAUUUGUGCCAAAGAAGCCUUCACCAUACCCAAGUACAUAUCUAGGAAAGUGAAGGCUUCUGCCAAUAUUUUUUAUAAUAGA